UUAUAGUCCAGUCCCUUUAAGAGCGAUCGGAGAGCUCACCGGAGCCGUGUUGGCAAAAAAAUCAGUGGAUGAAACGAAGAAUACCAGUUUCCUGAAUGGCGACACCAUUUUUGGCUGGAGCUGCGAUAGCUGCGACUGCACUUGCUGGUAGAUACGGAAUCCAAGCAUGGCAAGCAUUCAAGGCAAGGCCACCUAGACCCAAAAUCAAGAAAUUCUAUGAAGGUGGUUUCCAGCCUACCAUGACCAGAAGGGAAGCUGCUCUCAUUCUUGGCAUCAGGGAGAGUGUUCCGGCGGAGAAAGUGAAGGAAGCACACAGGAAAGUGAUGGUUGCAAACCAUCCAGAUGCAGGUGGUAGCCAUUUCUUGGCCUCUAAGAUCAAUGAAGCUAAAGACGUCAUGCUCGGCAAAACCAAAGGCGGUGGAUCCCCCUUUUGAUAACACACAUUUCUUAAAAUCAAAUACACUACAUUGGAAUAAUCUCUUUGUCAUAGCGUUUCACUGUUGAAGUGGGAACUACAGUCUAUUAAGUGCUUUGCCGUCUCUUUGUAACACUAUAAAGACUCGAAUAUUUCUUCCGACUUGUCACAAAAAGAAACAGCAUAACAAAACGCUAAGCAGAAGGGCGUUGUUGUCUUUCCAGUAAAUAGGAACAAAAAGUCCACGUGUCAUGAGGCUCCACCGCCUUCUUACGUCAGCCUCUAUCCAUUCGUUCAACUCCUCGCUCCACAAAAUCAUUUUUUAAUCCUUUUCUGUAACUUAUUAGUAUUAUUUAUCUACAGUCUGUCAUGAGGAAAAAUCAUUUCAGC